AUGUCGUUCGCCGACGGAUCUCCCCAGGAAGCCUCGCCAGACUCAGCAUGGCGGCCGAAGGUCGGCACCUGGGACCCGUGCGAGUCCAUCGACAUUCGUCUCGAGGGCCUCGAGGGGGCCGCCCGCGUGGACUUCGUCAUGACGACGUACGUGUUGCCAAGGCCGCCCACUGCAAAGCUCUACUUGUGGAAUUCUGCUACGGGCGAGAAGCGCGUGCGCAGGCACAUGCUCAACCAGCGCACACAAAAGGCAGUGGUGGUGCGAUGCUGCAAGCUGUUCAUGAAGCGAGGCCUGAUGACAGCAUUCAGGGGGAAGAUGUGGCACGUGAAGGACACGAACGGAGACGCCGACCUGAUGAUCGGCGGUGGUACGUUGGUUGACGCCAUCCACAUGGCGCAUAGGUUGGACCCCACGAAUCAGCACGUCGCGUGGGUGUACAAGAACGGCAUCAACGACACAUACGAGUUCCAUCGCGAUACUCCGUUGGACGUCCUGAAGUGGGUUCGCGUCCAAGCGAACAUGUACCACACGGGGUCGGAGGCCACAGUGAUCGAGCUGUACGACGAGUGCCCAAUCAUCCAGAAGCACUGGGACGCACACCGCAAGAAGCACUCCAUCACGAAAUCCACGUGCCCUUCGAAGGGCCCGCACCGAUACGAGAAGCAGCACGAGGAGUUCGUGCUGGCCAAUCACAAGGAUUUCUUCGGAUCGACGCCAUGGCAGCACUUCGAGAACUGCAAAUCUUUCUACAACGCAAUGGCCAACGUUCUCGGUGUGUACGACGAGUACAAAAAUAUGAUGGAGCAGAAGUCAAACUUCUUGGACCCCCGCAUCGACAACCAGACGAUGUGCAGGUUCAAUCACGACAUUGUGUCGCUGCUCGUGGAGAAGUUCUCGAACGCGAUGGACCCAGUCAUCUUCAAGAAGCUCGUCAUCGAGGUCCUGAAGUUCGCCGCGCCGAUCUUGCUGGACUCCGAAGACAUUGACUCGGAGACGAGCUCGAACCCAAAGCUUGAGGUGCCCUGGAUCUUCUGGGACGCUAAGUCCCGCAUCAAGUUGGACUGGAUGAUGGCGCCCAUGGGUGGGUCUGUCGUCUACGACCCCACUUGCAAAAGGAGAGGCCAGGCAUCCAGGGGAUCAAAGCGCAGUGCAUGCCAGCUUGAGGCUGUACCUGAGGACGCCGAGGUUCGCGAUGGUGGUGCUGUGAACCCUCAGCCUCUGGUAGACACGGACGGCCACGGGAAGCCGAAUGCCAAGGCCAAGGCCAAGGGCAAGGGGAGACCCAAGAAGACUAGUGGCUCCUGCAGCGCCUCAGGCAGCGAGUCGCACGAGCCCCCCCUGGAGACGAGGCGCAUUUGCGAUGGAUCGCGCGACAAGUACUUCAUCGACGAUAUGAUCGGGGUCAUUUGGGGGCCAGUGGAGAAGCCCCCGUCGAAUCUCAUCCUCGUUGACGAGCUCUCGCGUUCGAUCAAGAUUGGCCUCAUGUUCCUGUUUACAGGGGGCGUGCAGUGGAACGGCACAUACAUCGAGAAGUGGAGCGUGCUACGCAAGGAGCUCAGGGCGAACACUGCUCGCGUUCAUUCGCAUCUGUAUCAGAACCAUCUCGAUGCAUCCUUGUGGGGCGUUGCACCUGAGAAGGUCGUCACAGUUGUCUGCGACCAGCUGGCGACUGCGGAGCAGGCUGAACAUCCAGUGCCAUCUGCGUCCGCCACGUACGCAACCAAGGAGCAAGAGACACUUGCGACUCUCCAAACCGAUCGUGACACCAUGAUGCAAUUGGUCACGCUGAUCAACGACACCGACCUCACCAAGCCGUGCAGAUUCCACCCGCAACUCCAGAACAUGGUGAAGACGAUCUUCGGGUGGAACGGCGACGUGAGCGUGGGCCAGGCCCUGAGCAUGAUGAAGGACUUGAUAUUCAAUCAUAUUCGCCCUGAGUUCGUGGACUUUGGUUUUCUAUGCCGCGAAGUGGUUAGGCAGACCAGUGCGACUCCAUCCGACGUGUCCUUGGGAAUCUUCAACACUGAUAUCAAUCUCACGCGCUUCUUGGCCAUGCGAGCUACCUACAUGUUCGAGAUGCUGGGCGCCAUGGCCGACUUCGUGUUCAUGAAGGAUGUAAGCAUGGAUGUCCUGGUGGCGAACACCAGCGCCAUCGCGGAGUCGGACUGCAUGUUGGACCGCAACACUUGGGCGCCGUUCUGGUCGGAACUGUUGCGUGAGUCGAGCACUACGGACUUCCAAGUUGCAAGCGUGCGGAACAAAGUCCUCGCGGCAACUCUCGCCGACGGGGCAGCCAGUGCAGUCGACAAGGGCAACUGCGCCGAGGCGCCAUCCGUCGAGGCAGCCACCAGCGCCGGGGCCGAGGCGCCUGCCGACGCCUCGGAGACGGCACCGGCACAGGAGGCUACGGUUACCAACGCCGAGACCAAGAAGGAUGGCGACGACAAGGCCGCUGAGCCGACCAAGGAGGACUGCAUUGUCAUGGCCAAGAAAGGUGGCGACGCAAGCACCGACGCCGCUAAGCAGGCCAAGCUCUCGACGUUGGCUGAGAUUCGCAACAUGUUCAAGACCAGCAUCGACGUCGGGGCCGCUCCUCUCACGAUUGAGUUGUUCACUAAAGCGUUGGAGACGUAUUUGUGGAGGACCUACGCACACAGUCCUCCCAGGAAGGGGGCGCCAGCUGAAUGGGGCACGUCAUUCAUCGAGGCUGACCCGUCAGAGUCGCCCCCGCGCCUGGUUGCGUCACGUGCGACGCCAGCGAUCCAGAUGGUAUUCCUUGGAAAAGUGACGCGCAUGCCCAGCAGAGGGAGCCUGCCCGUGUGCCAGUACGCCAACGAGCAGCUCUACAUCGACGGCCACAACUACAGCACGUUCUCGUGCGAAGCGUUCCAGCCAGCCUGGAUGGUGUCUACGACGUCCGCGAAGGCCGCCGCUGCAGCUACGAUGGUCGUUCAGACUUUUCAGGACAGCUUCACGUUCACGUACACCAACGUGAAUAAGGAGAUCACGGUGGAUGUCCCCGUGACGGUGCACUACCUCGAGAUGAACCCCUCUGUGAUCAAAAAGGCAAACGUGGAGUUGACCCGCCCUCCUAUCCCUGGCGCCGUGACAGCAAUGACAGUGACUGAGAUUGCUAAGAGGACUGCUGCAGCCAAUUGCCCCCGCAAUACGACGGGGGAGAACAGCGAGCACAAAGCUGCGAUUUCUGACCCUAAGUGGAAGCACUGCAAACACGUGUUCCGCUGA